AUGAUGGAGAGCGCCUACAUUGUGCAAACGCUCGGUGCAAGCUGGCGCGUCCCUUCCAAGCUCCAGAUGGUCCUCGAGUGGAUGGACCAAGGCGACCUUCGGGGCGUCUUGAGUGCCACAAAUUCCGAGACAUUUCGCUGGCACGACAAGGCGACGUGCAUGUUGGCGAUUGCGGCGGGUCUUGUCUAUUUGCACUCACUUUCCAUCAUCCACCGCGAUCUCAAGUCCCGAAACGUGUUGCUCGACUCGACCAAAGGAACCAAGCUCACGGACUUUGGCGCGUCUCGCGAACUGUCGUCCGAGAUGAUGACGUUGGGCGUUGGCACAUGUCGCUGGAUGGCGCCCGAGGUACUACUCGACACGCACUACACGACGGCCGUCGACGUUUACUCAUUUGGCGUGCUUCUCUCGGAAUUGGCCACGCAUUGCUUACCGUACCACACGCUGCGCAACGAUUGCGGGAUGCCGCUGGCAGAGACGGCCAUUAUUUCGCGCGUCGUUCAAGGAAGUCUACGGCCCGUGAUGGACAUGCCGUCAUGCCCGCCGUGGGUCCAUGCGCUUGCGAUGGCGUGUACCCAGUGGGAGCCCGAGGCCCGCCCCAUGGCCGUCGAGAUCGCCCACGCCAUCGCCGUGCACAUGGCAGCACCAAUUCUACACCAUGUCCUGUAG